GCGACCCACUUAUGGGCCAGAAUGGAAAAUACAUGUGUAUAUAUCCUCAGGUGAGGAAAUGUGGGAGGGAGAGGGGGAAGGGCAUACAUAGGGCUACUCAGCAAGCUACCUACUUACCUUGCCGGCCACUCCCCUAGAAAGCAAAUUCAGCGUCGUUACGCGUCGGAAAAACCACUGCGCGUCCUAGCCCGAUCUCGGAGACCGUCAUGAUGAAACCCAUCUUGAUCGCGGCCCUUUUUGGCACAGCCCUGUCGUCGCCGGUGAUCGCAGCCGACGACCCCAUCUCGACGCCGACGCCGACAGAGCUCCAACCGGGGGCGUACUGGAUCCGCGCGGUGGCCGCGCCCAACUUCCACAAGUACUUCCAGACGAUACCGGCCAAUGUGCCGGGGGUGGCGAUCCUCGAGUCGCACACGACGGCCGGGCAGUUCAACAUCGAGGACGGCCAGCUCGUCAACAAGGUCUCGAACCCGCCGCUGUACAUGUGGGUGGAGGAGCCGGCCGACAAGGCGGACCCGCCGCGCACGCUGGCGACGGGCUUCAAUACGACCAAGAACACGUUCGGCACGUUCGCGUGGCAGGGCGACGCCCUGACCUGGUCGGAUCCGAGCAUCAACCGGCAGAACCUGGCGGCGUGGCUGGUGUGUGCGAAACAGGAGCUGUUCAUCAACACGGGUGCCUACGGUUGGCAGACGCCCGAGGGUUGCGCUGAUCAGACGAUCCACUACUAUAACGGCCAGACGGCAAACGAAUGAGGGGCAGGGGUUAGAUUAAGCUUGAAAGAUAAGAGAGGCAGGCGGAUCAAGCCAAAGACACAAUCAUCUAUGUGAUGUACGGCUCCUCAAGUCACUUAUUCAGUAUCAAUCAGGUGGUGUUAACGAGCUGGAAACUCGGUGCAAAUUGCAACCAGUGAAGGAAAUCAAUUGCCAGGGUUAUUAUUCUACAAAGACUUGGCUGUACUCCGUAGUGGACGCGAAAAGGGGUUCAGCCUUCCCGUUGCUGCUCGUUCCCGGAAAAGAGCGCUGCGAAUCAAUUUUACAAUACACUAGUCAUUUGCCAAAGUGU